AUGCCGUAUCGCGUGUUUCUGUCCAAGUUCGACUUCAUGGAAGCGGCCAUUGAGAAUGCGGAGCUGAAGCCAGAAGACGUGAUCAUUGUAACGGAUUCAGACACAAUCUUCACUGGUGUGGAUCUUAAUCCGUUCCUGGAUCGCUUCAUUGCGCAGUCCGCUGCGACACCCGAGGAGCUGGACGCGUUGGCUGUGCGGCAGGGCCGUGCGAUGGCACCGGUUCUAUUUAGUGGGGAUCCGGGCUGUUGGGCAUCGAACAUUUUCGAAUCCGCAACUAAGUGCAGACGACACUUUGGUGGUCUUCGGAAGAGGAUUCGCCGUUACGCCGCUGCACAUCCCGAGCAUGAGAUCGCGUUAUCUUUUGACUCGACACUACAACGUUACGUGAACUCAGGCACCAUGAUUGCCCGUGUGUGGGCGUACAAGGAGUUCCUACAGCAGAAGAACGAAUUAACCAAAACACAAAUUCCACCAUUUAGUGUUGAAAAAGGGUGGGACUGUGAUCAGUCCGUCUAUACAGCGCUCUUUCUGGAUCUCAUCACGUGGGAAGUCGAGCAGGACGUUUUGUCGAUGCCAGUUCUCAAGCAGCAAGUGGCUCGGUCUCCUUACGGUGGGCGUGCAGGAUUUUAUGAAAUUGACUACAGUAAUAUGCUUGCAGGUGUUUAA